GAAAUCUAUGAAUCGAAGCCUUAUCAUGCAAAUGACAGGCAUAGGAAUAGCCACACAAGCCUAACCCAACCCACACCACAACACAUCUUAUGUUUCUAACUCCCUCAGCCACUCACUUCUCCUGUUUCAAUUGCCGCUUCUUCCUUUCUCUAUCUUUCUCCCUCGCUCAUCACUUUCAGUUCUUGAGAGAGAAAACGCUCACACUUCAGGAACGGAAUCCCGACAUUCUGCAGGAGAGUGGCAAUAUUUGAGUUGAAUAUAGAGAUAAAAGGUGGAUGCUUUUGGAAUGGUGCAGGGCAUAUAAGUAUUAAGCAUGGCUUCAUUAGCUUCCCUUGCGAAUUUGGGAAGCUUGAAUAUGAUUUCCUUUGGUAAUUUUGACGGGUCUGUUUGUUUAGUUAGGAGCAUUUCUAUUCAUAGAAAUGGGAGUAGUUUUAGUGGAAGGAGGUGGAGGUAUGUUGGUGUUUGUAGAUAUUCUGUAACGACAGAUUACAUUGCGGAACAAGGGACUUCGGUGUCUCUUGAUUCGACAUAUGGUGGUAGCAAAGAGAGUGACACUAAUACAUUUCUCAAGGCAGCUCCAAAACCUGUUUUGAAAUCGGGGUCUAAGCCGAAUCCCCUUCUUAACAUGACUCCGGAUGAAUCAAAAGUUAGUGUGAGGUCGGACGCUGAGAGGAUGAGUGAUGCAGAGGAAGAAAGGAGUAAGGUGAUUGAAUCGUUAGGAGAGGUGCUCGAGAAGGCAGAGAAGUUAGAGACUAGCAAGAAGCCGGAUGCCCCUGUUAGCAAACCCUUGACAAGUGACGUAGUGAACCAAAAGAAUGGUAAGCCAUUUAGUUCCACGGAGAGCACAAAUCGCAAAUCUAAUAAGACCAAUAAGAGUGUCUGGCGCAAGGGUAAUCCCGUGUCUGCUGUGCAAAAAAUUGGGAAGGAAACGGUAAGACAGGAACCUAGGAUAGAUGAAGGAGGGGUGUCCCUGUCUAGCUCUCAGCCUGUUGCUCCUCCUACACCCCCCCAGCCCCCUCAGAAAACACAACCAAAAUUACAAGAGAGGCCCUCAGUAGCUCCUCCAGCCCCUGCUGUAAAGAAACCUGUCAUAUUGAAGGAUGUUGGUGCAGCUUCGAAGCCUCUUGUUUCUGAUGGAACUGGUGCACCUCCAAAGUCUAAAGAACGCAAACCGAUUCUAAUUGAUAAGUUUGCAUCUAAGAAACCGGUGGUUGAUCCUCUGAUUGCUCAGGCUGUUUUAGCACCUACAAAACCAGCGAAGACCUUUGGGCCUGCAAAAUUCAAAGAUGGAUUUAGAAAGAGGGGUGGCCCAUCUGGGGCACCUCGUAGGCGUCUAGGUGAGGAUGGUAUUCCAGAUGAGGAUACAUCCGAACUAGAUGUUUCUAUCCGUGGUGCUGCAACUGCAAGAAAAGGAAGGAAAUGGUCCAAAGCAAGCCGAAAGGCUGCCAGACUUCAGGCGGCCAAAGAUGCAGCACCUGUAAGAGUGGAAAUCAUGGAAGUUGGGGAAGAUGGUAUGUCCACUGAGGAGUUGGCCUACAACUUGGCCACCAGUGAGGGUGAGAUUCUCGGGUAUCUGUACUCGAAGGGAAUAAAGCCCGAUGGCGUCCUAAAGCUGAGUAAAGACAUGGUCAAGAUGGUCUGCGAAGAGUAUGAUGUGGAAAUCAUUGAUGCUGAUCCUAUCAGGGUGGAGGAAAUGGCGAAAAAAAAGGAAAUUCUUGAUGACGAUGACUUGGAUAAAUUAGAAUUUAGGCCUCCUGUGCUAACCAUAAUGGGCCAUGUUGAUCAUGGAAAGACAUCACUUUUGGAUUACAUACGGAAGAGCAAGGUGGCAGCAUCUGAAGCUGGUGGGAUCACUCAAGGAAUAGGGGCUUACAGAGUUCAAGUACCUAUCGAUGGAAAGCCACAAACAUGUGUUUUUCUAGAUACUCCUGGGCAUGAAGCAUUUGGAGCAAUGAGAGCACGUGGAGCAAGAGUGACAGAUAUCGCUAUUAUUGUAGUUGCAGCUGAUGAUGGGAUUCAACCUCAAACAACCGAGGCUAUUGCACAUGCCAAAGCAGCAGGAGUGCCGAUUAUUGUAGCUAUAAACAAGAUAGAUAAGGAUGGAGCUAAUCCAGAUCGAGUCAUGCAAGAUCUUUCAUCGAUUGGAUUGAUGCCCGAAGAGUGGGGUGGUGACAUCCCAAUGGUUAAGAUAAGUGCUCUCAAAGGGGAGAAUGUUGAUGAGUUGCUGGAAACAGUCAUGCUUGUUUCUGAGUUGCAAGAAUUGAAGGCUAAUCCACAUAGGAAUGCUAAAGGAACAGUUAUUGAAGCUGGUCUCGAUAAAUCCAGGGGACCUGUAACUACAUUCAUUGUGCAAAAUGGAACACUCAAAAGAGGAGAUGUAGUAGUUUGUGGUGAAGCUUUUGGAAAGGUGAGAGCUUUAUUUGAUGAUAAAGGCAAACGGGUUGAUGAAGCAGGGCCUUCUAUUCCAGUACAGGUUAUCGGAUUAAAUAAUGUUCCUUUAGCUGGUGAUGAGUUUGAGGUUGUCAGUUCACUUGAUAUAGCUCGAGAACAGGCGGAGUCACGGGCAGAUUAUAUGAGGAAUGAACGUAUUAUGGAAAAAGCUGGAGACGGAAUGAUUACACUUUCUUCAUUAGCUUCUGCUGUUUCAUCUGGAAAGACUGUUGGAUUAGAUCUUCAUCAGCUUAAUAUUAUACUGAAAGUUGAUGUUCAGGGGUCAAUUGAGGCUGUCAGACAAGCUCUGCAGGUGCUUCCACGAGCUAACAUCAGUCUGAAGUUUCUACUGCAAGCAACUGGGGACGUGAGCUCCAGUGAUGUCGACCUUGCAGUGGCAAGUAAAGCAAUUAUUUUCGGCUUUAAUGUUAAAGUACCUGGUUCAGUCAAGAGCCAUGCAGACAACAAAGGUGUUGAAAUUCGGCUUUACAAAGUUAUCUACGAACUUAUUGAUGAUGUGCGGAAUGCAAUGGAGGGACUCCUAGAUCCAGUUGAGGAAGAGGUGCCAAUAGGAAUGGCAGAAGUGAGGGCCGUAUUCAGCAGUGGCAGUGGGCGUGUUGCAGGAUGCAUGGUGACAGACGGGAAGCUAGUUAAAGGCUGUGGAAUUCGCGUGCUUAGAAAAGGCAAAGAAGUUCAUGUUGGCGUACUUGAUUCCUUAAGACGGGUCAAGGAGAUGGUUAAAGAGGUAAAUUCUGGACUAGAAUGUGGAAUUGGAGCAGAGGAUUACGAUGAUUGGGAGGAAGGAGACAGUAUUGAGGCCUUCAACAAAGUGGAGAAGAAGAGAACGCUCGAAGAGGCAUCAGCCUUCAUGUCAGCUACGCUGGAGGAAGUCCGGAGAUAAACUGUAUAUAAGACAUCUGUUUGAAGUGGGAUUUUCUCAACACGAAUUCGGCUGCUGCUGACAAGAGUAGUAAAAUGGUUGGAUCCUGCUGCAUAUAUCCCAGUAGCAUUGACGCCUGCCAAUAAAAGAAGCUGCAGACUAGUCCCUGUUUGUUUGCUAUUUCCUUGUAAAUAGUCGAUGUAUAUCAGAAACUGAGCUCCAUUUUGUUAGGAGUGACAGGUUGAGCAUUCAUUCAUGUUCUUCAAAUUCAAUGAGUUCAGACACAUGUAACAGAUACAGUGAGAUCUCCUCAAUUUAUUAAAAAAAAAAAAAGAAGAAAUAAAAUGUUCUAAUUAACACAAA